AUGUCAGUUAAUCAUAUAACAAAAAGGAAUGGAAGUGAUGUACAGAAUUCUUCAAUUGAUCAGUUAUUAUACACAGGGAUGUUUUAUAAGAUGUUGGAAACAUCAACUGCAUCAGUUGGUUACGAUAAAUACUGUGAUUCACGUGAUAAUCCUAUGUACAAAAAUGAGCCCUACAGAAAUAUUUGUGUAACGAUUUUUAAUUAUUUAAAAACCAAAUAUAAUGCAUCAAAUGGCACAGAUAAGAAAUAUGAUGAUUGCAAACUUUUGAGUUAUUGGGCAUAUAGUAGAUUAUUUGAUAUUUUGCAUAAAGAACAAUAUGUUUACUUGGCUUAUGCACAACUUCAUGUAAUAUGGAAUGAUUUUAUUGAGCAUUUACCUAUGAAUAAAAGAUGUAAACCCAUUCAUGAAAUGGUUAGUUAUGUUGAAUGGAGAAAAAGAAAGGAAUUGUAUGAAUACUAUAUUAAUUAUUCUCUAAUUAAAGAAUUAGCUGACAAAUAUGAAGACAAAUGUAACGAAUUUUAUGAAUACGUAAAAAUAAAGCUCAUCUGUAUAAAAUUUUUGACAGUCUAUGUCCUAAAGAUAAUACAAAUAUAUGCCCAGAAUUUUUAUAAGGAUUGUGAAAAGUAUAAUCCAGAAAAAGUACUAUAUACUUUUAAAUGUCACAAAAAAUAA